AACCACACUACAAUUUUUCCGCCAUGUUUGUAUAACCGUAUAACCAAUACAUACUUCCAAAAAAUUUCAACAAUUUUCCGUAUAAGUAAUGCUGUUUUUCUUAAAUUAACGUGAAUUUUAUACAUACACCAUGGGAGUUCCAGCGUUUUUUAGAUGGCUGACCAGAAAAUAUCCCUCAGUUAUAGUCCAUUGUGUCGAAGAGAAGCCCGUCAGUGUCAGUGGACAGCGCAUUCCUAUCGACUCUUCACAACCAAAUCCCAAUGGAGUCGAGUUUGACAAUUUGUAUCUUGAUAUGAACGGCAUCAUUCAUCCGUGCACUCAUCCCGAAGACAAACCAGCUCCACGUAAUGAAGAUGAAAUGAUGGUGGCGAUAUUUGAAGCGAUUGAUCGGUUAUUUGCGAUUGUAAGGCCUAGAAAAUUGCUAUAUAUGGCGAUUGAUGGUGUCGCUCCACGUGCAAAGAUGAAUCAGCAACGAUCAAGGAGAUUUCGCGCGUCGAAAGAAGUUGUCGAGAAAGUGAAUGAAAUUUCUCGUGUACGUGCUGAAUUACUAUUAAAGGGAAUUCAUUUACCUUCCGAAAAAGCAAAAGAAGAUCAUUUUGAUUCCAACUGCAUUACGCCAGGUACACCAUUUAUGGAUCGUUUAUCUACUUGCCUCCAUUAUUACGUUCAUGACAGAUUAAAUAAUGAUCCCGGAUGGAAGGGUAUAAAAGUAAUAUUGUCAGAUGCAAAUGUACCUGGUGAAGGUGAACAUAAAAUUAUGGACUUUAUCAGAAAACAGCGAGCACAACCUGACCACGACCCAAACACUCACCACUGCUUGUGUGGAGCUGAUGCCGAUUUAAUAAUGUUAGGGCUUGCAACUCACGAAGUUAAUUUCACUAUUAUUCGUGAAGAAUUUAAACCAAACAAACCGAGACCUUGUGAGAUCUGCGGUCAGACAGGGCAUACAUUACAAGAAUGUACAGGAUCUUUAGCGAACGCAGAUCCGGAAUCGAUCGCAAUUGGUUCAGAAGUAGAAUUCAUAUUCGUCAGGCUGAAUGUGUUGCGUGAAUAUUUGGAACGAGAAUUGGCAAUGCAGAAUUUGUCCUUUGACUACAAUUUUGAGCGGGCUCUGGACGAUUGGGUGUUUAUGUGUUUCUUUGUGGGUAACGAUUUUUUGCCUCACUUGCCCAGCCUUGAAAUUCGUGAGGGCGCUAUCGAUCGAUUGGUGGGGUUGUACAAGGACUGCAUAUAUAAAACUGGGGGGUAUGUAACAAAUAACGGAGACGUAAAUUUGGAAAGAGUACAAAUCAUAAUGUUAGAGCUUGGAAAAGUCGAAGAUCAAAUUUUCAAAAAAAGACAGGAAAAUGAAUUGUCCUUUAAGGCUCGCGAGAAAGCAAAAAAGAGGCGCAUGGAGGGGUUCAACAGAUCUGCACCGGAUUGGAGACUCGUCAAGGACACUCAAUUUGCACCUUCGUUGUUGGGACAAGUCCAACCCGUUCGAAAUCCACGUCAGGAAGCUUACAACAUUCGCAAAGCCGGUAUGCACUUUGUACCCGCACAAGAUCAAGGAAACUCAAGACAGUCUCAGUCCCAACAGUCAAACCAAGCUGACGAAAGAAGAGGCGUUAAGAGGGCAAGAGAAGAGGACGACGAUGACGAUCAGGCUCACGAUGAGGUUAGACUGUGGGAAGACGGAUUUAAAGAUCGCUAUUAUGAGUCCAAAUUUGAUGUGGGUCCCGAUGAUUUAGAAUUUCGGUACAAUGUCGCCCUGCAGUAUGUAAAAGGGUUGUGUUGGGUUCUACGCUAUUACUACCAGGGAUGUGCUUCUUGGAAAUGGUACUUCCCGUAUCACUAUGCCCCUUUCUCCUCCGAUUUUAUCAACAUUUCCGGUCUUAGUACACAAUUUGAGCUUGGCACUGAACCUUUCAAACCAUUUGAGCAACUUAUGAGCGUUUUUCCUGCCGCUAGUCGUCAACAUGUACCAUCGCCAUGGGCGGAGCUUAUGACAGAUCCGAAUUCCAUCAUUAUUGACUUUUAUCCCGAAGAUUUUAAGAUAGAUUUGAACGGUAAAAAGUUCGCGUGGAUGGGUGUUGCACUUUUACCUUUCAUUGACGAAGACAGGCUACUGCGUACAGUUGCUCCGAAAUACAAACUGUUAACAGAUGAAGAGAGAAGAAGGAAUGUGAGAGGUGAUGAUAGAUUGUACAUUGGGCGAUGCAAUAAGAGUUAUUCGUUUGUAAAGGAUUUCGUUAAGAGCGGAAACGACACAAUUGAGAGUGGUAUUACUUUUGAUGGUAUGCAAGGAACGAUACUUUUCUCAAAUAAUUGCGUACAACAGGAUGGGUCUUUGGUGUCCCCCAUCCCUGGCCUGGACACAAUUGAAAAUAACACAGUAUGCUGUGUGAAGUAUCGGGAUCCAAAAUAUCCAGUAGGAUACAUUUUCCAAGCAUGUCGGUUGAAGGGAGCCAAACCGCCUCAGAAUGUAUUGAAACCUCAAGACUUGGAUGCGGAAGCGAGUAGGAAUUGGCGACCGAUGAUAGGAAUGGCACCAUCAACCGUUAGAGCAACAAUUGGCAACGUAGGACACAGGAUGCUUAAUCACCACGUUCCCAAACCUCCUGGUGCAUAUGGAAAUGUCCCUCCACCAAAUUAUGACCGACAAGGUAAUAAUCGCGGUGGCUACAAUAACCGAAACAGAUACGAAUCUGGUAAUAAUUACCAACAGCGCGGCAGCGGAUACAGUGGCGGUAACCGAAACAGCGGUUUCGGUGGCAGCAAUUAUCAGAACUACAAUAAUUAUAAUCAAAGAGGUGGAAAUCACAGGCAAAAUAAUUAUAAUAACAACAAUCGAAAUGACGAUAGGCGUCAGGAUAGACCGCCUGGACCGUAUAGAGACCAAUACGUGUCAUCGAACAGAUAUAACUAUUCCCGAUAGUAAACAAUUUUAAGUCAAUACACGGUUUGCAAACAAUAUGAUGCAUACAAAUUAAAAUAAGAUAUUUUGUAAUAAAAAUAUUACUACCUGGUA